AUGCCCCUACACAAGUACCCCAUCCACCUUUGGAAGCAGCUCCGGCUGCGGGACGGUAUCUGCUCGCGGCUGCCCCAGCACUACCUGCGCUCGCUGGAGGAAGCGCCCACGCCCACGCCCGUGCACUACAGGCCCCACGGGGCUAAGUUCAAGAUCAACCCCAAGAACGGGCAGCGGGAACGCGUGCAGGAUGUGCCCAUACCCCUUUACUAUCCCCCCGAGUCCCAGCGGGGGCUGUGGGGCGGCGAGGGCUGGAUCCUAGGGCACAGAUACGUCCGGAACCAUAAGCUCUCUAAGAGGGUGCAGAAGAUUUGGAAGCCACAGCUGUUUCAACGUGAGCUGUAUAGUGAGAUCCUGGACAAGAAGUUCUCGGUGACCGUGACCAUGAGGACGCUGGACCUCAUCGACGAGGCCUAUGGGUUUGACUUCUACAUUCUCAAGACCCCGAAGGAGGACCUGUGCUCCAAGUUUGGGAUGGACUUGAAGCGCGGGCUGCUGCUGCGUCUCGCCCGGCAGGACCCGCAGCUACACCCCGACGACCCUGAGCGGAGGAUGGCCAUCUACGACAAGUACAAGGAGUUCACCAUCCCUGAGGCCGAGGCUGAGUGGGUCGGCCUGACAUUGGAUGAAGCUGUGGAGAAGCAGAGGCUUCUGGAGGAGAAGGACCCCGUGCCUCUGUUCAAGGUCUAUGUGGCCGAGCUGGUGGAACGGUUUCAGCGGCAGGCGCUGGCUGAGCCGGCAGUGCUGCAGAAGAGGGGCAUCCGGGGGGUGGCCCAGGGCUGCAUGAAGAGGUCUGGAGUCCUGCUGCCGUAUUCACCUGUCAAUCUGGCAGGUGUAGCUGGGCCAGGGUCAGGAAGUGGGGUGCUGCCUUCGUGCGGACCCAGGCUGCUGCCUCUGGAGCCAAUCGGUGCGGGAGCUGGAGCUGCAGCCCAGAGUCACACUUCUUCCUCCAGCCACGCAGUGGCCACGAGCCGCCCGCUUCCUGGAGUGGCUGUGAGCGCGCGGCUGGCCGGGCCCGUCAUGGCGGACAGCGGGAGGGACGGGCGCGAGCGGGCACAUGGACCCAGGCAGGCCUUUCACGUCAAAUUUCACAAGGAGGCGGCAUCAAAGACCCCCGACCGGCCACCCAGCCCUUUCCCGGCCACCACUCCCAAUUGCCUCCUCCUGGACUUUGGUGGUGGCCAGUUUCCAGCCUCAUCCACAUUCAUCUUGGCCACCCCAUCUUCUCCCUUUGGACCACUGUCUAAGUAUGUGUCCACAGAUGAGUGGGACCGACACCCUCAAGACUUCGAGGCUGGAGGCCCCCAGGAGCUGGAGGCCCAAGGGCCCUGUUCUGGUCCCAGGGCUUGGGGAAACCCGCUGCCCUGGGCCAGGAGGAAGACGGGCAUGGACGAAGCCCCGAAACUUCGCCCGGCGCUCUCGGUCCGCCCCUACGCCCUGGCUGCGUCUGGCGCUCUUGGCCCCGCCCCAUAG